ACCGUGAAGAAAACCAAUUAUUCUUCACCAAACCCAAUACUGAUGUAGUAGGGCGCGGUAAAUGAGCCACGGGUAACGACUCGGAACGUUGCAGUAUUUUCGGUCUGUGAUGCUGUGCGAGACACGCUUCAUCCAGGCCGCAAACGCACACACGCGCGCGCGCGGCUGUCCGCAACGUAUUUUUUAUACAAAAUCGAGGACGUGUCCAGUAUAAAUUCGAAGGGAUCUUCAAGAGGGGACUAGUUGGUGUAUCUAACCCUCCGCUGGAGUUUCAAAUGCUGGUCUUGGAUUCGCUGUGGCCGGCGACUACAAGUACAACGCCGAAGACUCUCCUUACACAAUCCGUCCACGCCGUCCUUUCCCGUAACGUGCAACUCAUCUUUUCGGCCAUUUUUCUGGACGCGGCGCAGGAUAGUGCUGGAGGUGACUUCGACUAUUCUGCUUGGGCUCUCCACGUUGUUGGAUACCUCCGCAGGUAGACACUGAUCAGGGGGGGAUUCAUUCGCUUGCGAACACCGGAUCCACCGCAGGACGAGGUGUGAUCACAUCACGUUUGUUCAUCUCUUGGAGUAUUGAGUAGCCGAUUUUCCCGGUGAAGUUGGUGAUUGCAAAGCCACAAUCGUGAGCGGCUCCCCAUCUCCUUACAGUACCUCAUGAAGAAUUUGUUGACCAGAGUGACCGAUUUUUUUGGGAAGGUGAAAGUCUACGUCGUAGGCCAAGGUUGGUGCCGCUGGCGUGCUGGGUCGUUCUCGAAGACAUUGCCUGCCGCGAUAUUUGCUCCUGUUUCGGAGGGGUCGAUCUCACGCUACAGGAUUUGUCGAAUCGUGCGAUGCUGUAUGUCCUUGCAGUAGUCGAUUGGAUACGUUGGCGGUUCCCCCGUCAUUGCCGUGCCCUGGUCGACUCCGCAAUAUUAAUUUCGGAUGCAGCUGCUGACAGUUUUGUGUCAAUCUCACCACCCGCCCACCCAUCCCCUCUCAUUUGCCGUCUGUCCUGCGUACGCCGUUGGUUUCAGUUAAUGUAUGCCUGGACACGACGGACGACGACAGCUGCCAGAUUGAUGAUGGAUAUUUGUAAGCCCGCACCGAAUGUUAUGUUUUUGAUAUGCAAGACCCCAAACGUGUUUGAUGGUGGCUGGCGAGGCACCCGUUGAUGCUCGGCAUUGCUCGUUGCCGGAGGAUUGAGUUACCUUGCAGGAUGUAAUUUUGCAAUUUUCUAGGUGAUGGUCGCUCCAAGAUCGGCGGUAUUCAUUAUUAUCUAAUCUCCGGUACCCGUUGGUCGGGAAACGUUUAACGCUGCGCAGUAUUGUUGAGAUCAGAGCAUUUGUUAAGGUAUUUAUUCACGCAUUUUCACGCGCUUCCUGCAAAACAACACCGCCGCACGACUAAGAGAGCAAGACUUGAUACGUUACUUGGUGUACGCAACAUUCCCCCAGGAACCUUUUUUCCUGCG